CGCGUUGCAGGAGUAUCGAAGCAACAACGUGUUGCUCUAGUCAGGUACCUCGUAUUACUGUAAUCGCGUGCUGCAAGCAAUUAGAUCAAUUUUUUUCAUAUAAUUACAUCAUAGUAACGACUGUAAAAAAAAAUAAUACCGCAGUAAUACUUCACUUAUUCGCUUCAUCACUCAUCGUUUAUCGCGAGCUUACGAGAGCAAUAAUCGCGCGAAGAUGAUGAUAAUUGCUGCGAAACGUCGUCGCGAGACGCAACGAUGCGUGAAUUUCCGUAAUCAUGCGCAUCGUUCAUAAGUUCAACGUUGAGUUGUUAAUUAUCUCGGUGUCUGAGUAUCGAUGCUGCUUAUGAAAUGCUCGGCCCCGGCCAUAGGAGGAAACAUGCCAUGACGAGGAGGAAAAGGAGCAACGAUGUGGAGAGAAGCGGAUGGUUAUCACACCGGCGAUUGUGGAUGCCUCCGAGGAGAAUGAGCCGAUCCAGCUAUUUCUACGCCUCCCCUGAUUAUACUUUCGGCAACGCCAGGGAUGAAUCUAGUCUGAACCAUCAACAUGAUUUCCGGGUCUACAGAAAGCAACACGAUUUGCCGUACAGAAAUCGUAUGACGAGCAUGAUACCAUGGUUGCUGUCAAUGUCGCUCUUGGCUGACCCAAAAUUUGCGGCUUAUACGGGUCCCACUUUUCUGUCCAGGAAACUUCAAGCACCCGCGUUGCCAUUGACUCCAUCCGUUUCCACUCCACAAUUAUUUUCGACGCAUAAUAUCAAUUACAAAGGUACUUAUGAUGAACACGCCGGCACGGCACGGAAUUGCGAUAAUCACGGAAAUCCGCCGGAGGAAAAAUCGACGAACAUGGGCAAUCUUUACGGAUCGACGCCGCAUCGCGUUCUUACAUCCAAUCUAGGAAGAAGCGAUCCUUCGAGACCUAUUGGGAGAGCUAUCAGUAUAUUCCAAACUGAUCCUCACUUGAUUAAUCAAUUGGACUUCAAUAACUUCGGCGACGGUUUCGAGCCGGGACGCAUCAUCGAUGAUUACGUCGGUCCCGCUAUGGAAUUAGUAUACGCUUGGUCCACGAUUGACUUCGAGUUCGACAGCAUCGAUGCGCGAGACAACGCUAUAUUUGAGGGCGAUUAUAUCGCGGAGAAUAACUUGCCCUUGGGCCUGGACGUUUGGCGUGAUAAAGUCUUCAUCACUCUGCCAAAAUGGAAGGCUGGCAUGCCGGCGACUCUGGCUACUGUGCCCAGACAUUCUAAGACAAAGAGCCCGAAAUUAAAACCGUACCCUAACUGGCACUGGCAUCAGCCAGGAAACUGCGCGAGUUUAACGUCAGUCUUUCGAGUUCAGGUAGAUGAAUGCGAUCGGUUGUGGGUCCUUGACUCUGGCAAAACGGAACUCGCCAAAAGAUCCAAGCAGGUCUGUCCGCCCGCCAUAUUCAUCUUCGAUCUUCGCACCGACACCCUGAUCAGAAAGUAUACCUUGCCGGACGAACAGAUCAAGCAGGACUCUCUAUAUAUCAACAUCGCGGUGGAUAUCAGAAACGAUUGCGGCUCCGCGGUGGCCUAUUUGGCUGACGUUUGGCGAUACGGUAUCGUGGUGUACGAUUUCUUCAAGGACUCCACCUUCAGGGUAGAGCAUCCCUUUUUCUAUCCUGACCCCCUGGCAGCCAGGUACGAGUUGCAUGGUAUAAAGUUCCAGUGGACCGACGGACUGUUCGGAAUAGCGCUAAGCCCCCUGGAUGUUCACGACGACAGAACGCUAUUUUUCCAUCCGAUGUCCAGCUUCCGAGAGUUCGCCGUGUCCACAUCGAUCUUCAGGGAUAAGCAAACCGCGGAUUAUAACAUGGAGAAAUUCAUGCCCGUCGGGAAACCAAGAGCCAAGGACUAUGGCCACUCCUCCGGGUCCGCCAUCGACAGGAACGGCAUCAUGUUCUUCAACAUGGUCACCAGAGACUCCGUAUGGUGCUGGGACACCAGAAAGGAGUAUAUACCGCAGAAUCUGAGAGUGAUUGGGACUAGCAACGAGUCCUUGGUGUUCCCGAACGAUAUUAAAGUGGACCACGAGCCGGAUCAAAGUGUGUGGCUGCUCUCAAAUCGAUUGCCGAUGUAUUUAUACGGGACGCUGAAUAGUGGGAAUAUUAAUUAUAGGGUGUUCAAGGCGAACGUUAAGGAAGCUGUUAGGGAUACCGUCUGCGAUCCUAAUUAUGUAGUUCCUAACACGGAUCCUGGCCUCGACGAUACUUGCUGAAAAAUUCGCACUCACACGGCUUCGCCGUGUUAAAUUAAUACUUUAAUUCAUCAGAUUUCUCUCUUCGAUAUCAAAAAGCCUCUAUUUUAAAGUCUAAACAUUGGAAUCUCCAACAUUAAAAUAUUGAACAUUGAGUUGUUCAGGAAAAUCUUUUUCUUUUUAAUUUAUUCCAUUUAUUUAUUACACUCCUAAUUAUCUCCGAUUAUAAAAUAUGAUAAAUUAAAUAAUUUAGUAAACAUAUUUGUAUAA